CCUUCAUAUCUAAAUUCCAACACAAUAUCUACUUCUUCUUCUUCUUCAUCAUCUUUUUCUUCUUUUUCCUUCACCCAGCAUGACCUUGUUCAUGAAACCAUCCAAUUCUUGCCCAUUGAGGCCUCAAAAGAUGAAGACCACCAUCAAAGUUUUGAGGUGAAAGAGGAAAAGCUUGAACAAGUCACUGUGGCUUUGCACAUUGGUUUGCCUGACAGUGCUAAAAGGCAUCAUGAGGUUGUAGAUGAUGAUGAUGAGAAGAUGAUUUUCCAUGUCAAGGAAGAAGAAGCUUCCUCCAAGAGAAGCUUCCAUGGCUGCUCCUUUAAUCAAGAGAGAAGGUUCUGGAUUCCAACUCCAGCUCAGAUCCUCGUUGGACCGAUGCAGUUUGCUUGCUCCAUAUGCAGCAAAACCUUCAAUAGGUAUAACAACAUGCAGAUGCAUAUGUGGGGUAAUGGAUCAGAAUUUAGGAAAGGACCAGAUUCACUGAAAGGAACACAACCAGCAGCAAUGUUAAGGUUGCCAUGUUACUGCUGCGCGCAGGGUUGCAAGAACAACAUCAACCAUCCAAGGGCGAAGCCUUUGAAGGACUUCAGAACCCUCCAAACGCACUACAAAAGGAAGCACGGCACAAAGCCUUUUAUGUGCAGAAAAUGUGGGAAAACAUUUGCAGUGAAAGGUGAUUGGAGGACUCACGAGAAGAACUGUGGCAAGUUAUGGUACUGCACUUGUGGCUCAGAUUUCAAGCACAAAAGAUCACUUAAGGAUCAUAUUAGGUCCUUUGGAAAGGGACACAACCCUCAUCCUCCCUUUGAAGCUUUUGAGGAUGAGAAGGAAUGCAUCACUGGCUCUGAUGAAGAUGAGCUCAAUGCUCAUCAUCAUGCAUGAUCUGAUUAACAUUCUACAGCUUUUCCUCAUUACCAAACAAAAAAGUUGCAGACAAAUGUGGUGGAUGCAGCUAUGGUUUUAGAACCUUGAGUAGUGGUAAUUAUAGUAGAGAGAGCUUGGUCAGUACCCUUGUGCUCAGUAACAAAAAAUUCUCAACAAUGCUGAGACAUGAAGGCUCAGGGAAAGGUUUGCUACCGAGCACUUGCAGGGUGGUGAUGAGCUAUCAGUAGAGGUUUGAACUGAAUUUGCAUGCUUUUGGUUAGCUAAUAAGAUGGUGCCUCAAGUGAUGAAGUAGAUGAAUUUUCUUGGCAUAGUCACAGAGACAAAGUGUUAUGUCAUGUUUACUUUUCUGUAAAAUAUGGAGGAAAUUUAUCCGCUUCAUUACUCAAUGGUAACCCUCAUUCUAGGACUUUAUAAUACCAUGUAAAGUCUUGUUUAAAUAUUUCUUAUGAAUUUGCUGUUAUAUUUCGAUAACCACUGUGUUGCAUAAUUUUCUUAGUCUUCUGUAUGAUGUUUU